AUGGCUCCGAAAAGAAUGUGUAAAUUUACGGAUGAAUUAAUGAAAGUAUUUCCUUUUAUAAAGCGAACCAAACUAGACUCAGAAGUUUACUGUGAUAAAUGUCGCAGUCAGUUCUCCAUCGCAUACGGAGGAAAACGUGAUAUAAACAGACACAUUGAAUCCGAUAAACACAAGAAAUUUUUACAAUCCGUCGCCUCCUCCAGCCAAAUGACGAAUUUCUUUAAAUGGGAUGAAUUUGGUUCUAAUGAAAAAAAAUUGGCGUUAUCUGAAGCAGUGUUUUCAUUUCAUACAGUAGCGCACCAUCAAUCUUUUAGGUCAAUGGACUGUACUACUAAAUUAAUACAAAAUUUAUUUGAGAAAAAGUUUGCGUGUCGAAGAACGAAAUCGGAAGCAAUAAUAAAAAAAGUUAUAGCCCCAUUGGCUGUCUCUGAGCUCGCGGCAGACUUAGAAUCAGCUCACUAUAUAUCAAUUUUUUCAGAUGCGUCAAACCAUAAAGAAAUUAAACUUUUUCCCACUUUGAUUCGAUACUUCAAUAGAAACACUGGCGUAAACGUUAAAAUUCUAGAUUUUAUUUCUCUACCAGGAGAAACAUCGGAAAUGAUUUUUAAUUCCAUUGUUAAAAUAUUAACAAAUCAUAAAUUAAAAAAUAAAUUGGUGGCAUACUGCGCUGACAAUGCGAACACGAAUUUCGGUGGCGUCUCCAGAAAAGGGGAAAAUAACAUUUUUAAUAGAUUGAAAAAUGAGUUAAAUCAAGAUUUGAUUGGUGUGGGUUGCGCCGCACAUAUUAUUCAUAAUGCAAUCCAAACAGCAACAGAUUUGCUUCCAAUGGAAAUAGAAGGUAUUGUUGUUAAAAUAUAUUCGCAUUUUUAUAUUUAUACCGAUACAACAUCUGAAUUGUGGUUACUCUUCCUUCACAAUCAGGCAGCAUUAUUCUCAGAUACUGUCAAGAACGUUGAGGGCAACAAUAAAACUCUUAUCGAAAUAUUUCAACAAGUUGGCAAUUUGAAAACAAAGUUAAAUGAAAGGAUUUCCAAAGAAUUCCUUCCUUUAUCCGUGAGAAAAAUUUUACACGAUUUAACUGAAGUUGGAGAAAUAAAUGAAACUUGGUUCAAAUCUCAAAUAAAAAAUUUCUAUGCGAAUUGCCUUCAUUAUUUAGAAAACUGGUCAACUCAUUUAAAUAUUGCUGAAAAUUUGAUAUGGACAACCUUAACAAGGCCCGUUGAAUGGCAAAACGUUCAAAGUACGCUGCAAGUUAUAAACAAACAUUUUCCUCAAAAUAAUAUUUCAGAAAAUGAUUUAUUUGAUGAAGAUCUGCCGCUGGAUCUAGAAGUGGAAAUAGAUAUGAUGAUUUGCAAUUUCUGGAAUAUUCAUUUGUGGAACGACGGUAGGUUUAUGAUAAUUUGUGCUUACUGUUUCAGAACACAAACUAAUAUACCUACACCCAAACAAAAACCAACGGAUGUUGAAAGAGAAGACGAAUCACAAAGUAUUCAGACCCCUUCAACUGAACGCGAUGAUGGUCUUGAGGAAAUAACGUAUCAGGAUGAACAGAUUCCAGUAGAUCUUCAAGAAAUAUCCGAACUUGAAUGUCAGCAAAAGCAGCAGCAUCCAGAAUCUCCACAUGAAGGUGAUUCUGAUAGCCCAAAAGAAGAUAAUGCUUGUUCUUUACCGACUUCUCAGCCUCCGAUACAUAUACAAAAAAAAAUAAAAAAAAAACCUCGCCUCGAAGCCCCCCAAGAAGUUAACUCCCAAACGAGAAAUCCUCAAGGAAAUUCAAAAGGGGAGAAAGGGGAGAAAGGAGAGAUUAGAACUACUUCGCAGCUUCAACAAAGAUAA